UGGUCGAUGCCCAUUUUACUAAGAUCAACGAUAUAAUGUAAAAAACGUCUAAAUUGACAGUCAUGACGACAUCGUUUAUGAUCUGGCCGAGAGGUGCGGCAGAAGCGAACAGUCAGAUUACUGCGAGGACCAAAAACGGCUAUUUUGAUUGCAGAUGCUCGGAAACACAGAGGUUUAAAUUGAGGUCGUGAUAUCCAUAGAAGCAAAUUGCUCAAGAUUUUAACAAGACUGGUGUGCUAAAAAGAACAGGCCUGAUGGAGGAUACAGGAACUGAGUUAACUUCAUCUGAACCCGAUGCUCUCGGUGCAGACUUUAUCACAGUCGAACUCGAUACCCAGCCCAUUGAGUAUGUGGUCAAGUGGGCUGAGGUGGGAUCUAAAUUCACUCUUUCCUGCGUGAAAAGGGAAUCAGAUGAGAGCUUCCCGUCUGACCAGCUGGUUAAAACGGAAUCUGAUGAGAGGUUCUUUGUCCCAUAUGAGGCUGUGUAUGCGGAGUGUGAGGACACAGAAACUGGCCUGAUCGCCUCGCAGGAGGAGGAGGUAAGGAGUGUCUCGGAUGUAGAUGAGCACACGGUGCUCGUGAGCUCCCAGCUUGGGGAGGAGGAGGAGGAGGAGGAGGAGGACGAUGAUGGCUCAGACAGUGAUUGGGAUAAAGGUGGUUCCCAUUCGAGAAGUAGGCUGUACAACUGCCACAUCUGUGGGAAGAGCUACAGCCACUCGUCUAGUCUGGCACGCCACCUACACCUGCAUUCUACAGGUGACCAUUUGACCAAUUCCACUUCACCGCUUUCUAAAGUGAGUGGCAAAUCAGAGGAUGGGAAAAAGCUUUUGCAGUGCAACUUGUGUGGCGUGCGAUGCAAUGGCAAGCGGCUCCUGGCAAUCCAUAAGAAGUGCCACAAAAUCAAGAGACUGCACACAUGCAAUGCAUGCGGCAAGUCAUUUAACCACAGCUCGAGCCUUUCGCGCCACAGGCUGAUCCAUAAAAAAGGCCUGGACAAAAACCUAAAGCCACUAUACACGACACCCCCAUCGAUGCCCCCCGUAACCCAUCAGAGCCGUUCGUCUGGUCGUGGAUCAAAGAAGAAGAAGUCACAGCAAGCAGAAAGCAAAUUUGCUGUUGGUGAGAAGCAGUACCAGUGCACACAAUGCGACAUGGUGUUCAGCACAUCCACCAAUCUGUCAAAGCACCAAGUGUCUCACGUGCGGCAGUUGCUCAACUCCUAUGCGCAGGGCAGAGACACACUGGACAAGUCCUCAGACCUGAAGAUCCGUCUAAAGCUCUGCUCACGUGACAAACCCAAUUACUAUACUCUGUGUAAGAAGAACAAGCGCCGCAAAGGUGGCAAGAAAAGGCUGCCAUUGGUCGAUGAUGAUCAGCCAUAUUCAGGCUGCGGCGUCGCCCUAGCCAAGUUCGAGCAACCGCAUACUGGUGACCGGCGCUACACCUGCAAUGUGUGCAAGAAGACCUUUGUGCGCUUGUCCAACCUGAAGCAGCACCAGCAGACGCAUGCCUCUGGCAAGCUCUAUGAGUGCCAGCACUGUGGGAAGACCUUCGUUCACUCAUCUAGCUUCUCGCGCCACAAGAAGGUUCACUCUGGGUUAAAGCAGGUGCCUAAACAAUGUAAACGUGAGCUAAUCGACGAGAGCGCACCUCUGGAAUCUGAGUCUGAGUGAGAGACCCUCACGUUCCAGGACUGUCCAAGCACAGCUUAUGGAAAAGUCCUUAUUUUUGUGUGUCCCCCCUUUCCUUUUCCUUUAUUUUUUCCCAGUCUUUUCUUAUUUUGUUAAAGGACAGAUAAAUUGGCAUUGCUCUCAUUGUGAAGUGGGUGUGGUGAUGUGUGAAGCGAGGCUGUGUGUUAUCAGCAAUAGGCGUCAACAUGAUGAUGUUUUGAUUUUUUUCAUUUGAUUUUUAUUAUUUUUUUGGGGUAGUGUUAGAGGAUGCUCAGGCCAUUUUUGGCAGUGUAAAGUAUAAAAGACUUGUACAUUUUUGUUGACAUUCCCUUUUUGGUCAUGGUUAGGGACAGUUAAUUUAAUGGCAGGGUAAUUGUUUUGCCAGGUCUAUAGUGUUAUUUAUGUCUACCUUUUUAUUUGUAGUCAUUCAUAACAAAACGAUUGACAUUAGCAUUGCAGAUGUUAAAUAUUUUGGAUGCUUGCACUAAACACACCUGAAAACAAGAUGAAGUACUUAAGAGAAAAGAUAGCAGGGUUUAAAUGAGUAAAUAAUAUUUGGAACCCAAACCUGCUCUUAAUGGGCCUAUAGUAGUUUCUGUGGUUAACAGCACCCCAAAAGACACAGAAAUUGUUAAAGGAUGGGUUUGAUAUCAAGACAAAAUUCAACAUUUGGACCUUUGUUUGGCCAGAAAUCUUGUAUUCUCUCUUCCCUUUACCUUAGACCAACAAAUAUAACCACCUAAUCUCCUCAUAUUUUCACUUUUCUUUUGGCAACUGGUUUUUAUGAUCAUUAAACACAUACAUACACUCAGUGACUUGUAUACAUUGGUUCAGAUUUAAAUGUUGACUUAAAUAUUUGAAGAAUUGGAUGUGUGUUCUGACCUGCCAAGUAGACAAGCCUUCUUGAAAGAAUUUUUCUUUUUCAUGUUUGAUUCAUCAGAUCUGGAGUCAAAGUUUUGUUCUGCACAGUGCUCGGUUCUCUAGUACUGUUCUUCCUUCGUCUGAUUGAUUAAAGCGCGGAACUUCUGAAAGGUUGCUUGUCCAUUUUUCAACCUGUGAAGUCCACAUGGGUUACGCAGAACUGCAAAUUGUGGUGCAGCCGUCAAGGGCAAUGUAUUCACAAACGGUGACUUCACAUAAAUUAGUGUGUGUGUGCAUGUUGAAUAUAUUGAGAGAAUAUACUCACCAAAAUAUAUAUACAUUUUAAAUAUGUGCAUAUGUGUAAAAAUGAGAAAUGCCAUGAAGAAAAAGUUAUAAUGUGUGAAUGAUUUGUGAAUAAUAACUUUGAAUAACUAAUGAAAUAACCAGGGGAUUUCAUAUUUCACCAGGCAUUGCACUAUCGAUUAAACAAAAACAAACCAAGCACUACAUACCUGCAAAUCCGGAAAUAAAAAUGUUAGUGUUCAAAAAAAAAAAAAAGGUAGGCCAUGCUAGAUUAAAAGUUUAGAAUACUAAUGCUUUUUUUGUUGUUUUUUGUUUUAAACCCACUCAGUACUCUUCACACCUGUUUCAAAUGUUUGCUUUAUAAGACAGAAGUAUAGAUUGCAUAGUAUAGUUUACAACAGAUCUUCAGACUUCUCUGAUGCUGUCAUUGACUGAGCACCACCAAAGCAUUUAGGAAGCAACUGUCCACAUGCACUCGAUUGGUUCCCUGUCAGUCGUGCGCCUCAGCAGCGUGUUCUCCGUACACUUCAACGUUAAAAUCGACGUGAUGAUCUACUUAAUCUUCUCUUGUUCAAACGUAGGUUAAAUAGCAAUGACUAACCUGUGACGUUGCUUGUUUGAAUCAUGAAUCAUUGCGGAUGUCUCGAGACGAACAAAUCAAGCACAGCUCUGAUCUCGGACUCGGAUCGAUGUUUGUUAUGGGGGGAAAAAACAAAGGAAAAACAUAAAUAUGCUUGGUACUCGAUUUUUCUUUGUUUGUUUUGAAAUAGUUCCUCUGUUCACCUUGAAGCUGAGGGUCAAAUUACCUCAGUAAAAACAUUCAUUUAAUCUUAUUAGUCUCUUCUUGCCUCCAACUUUCUUCUGCAGUAAACAGGUUCUUUCUUGUUUUCUGCACUUCUCUCUCUCUCUCUCUCUCUCUUAUGGGUCAUGUCCAUAUCAUUACCUUCUGUUUUUAACCGCUGUCGUUGUCUCAUUUUUUUGAUGCAGCGGACCUACAUCUAAUAUGAGGUGUAUGUUUUUGUGUUGUGUUUGCCAUUAGAAGACGGUUUAUGAAUUUUCUGUCUUGCAGUUUUGUAAUAAACCAUUGGAUCAAA